AUACCACGUGGGUGACUUUUUCGCACGCAAUCAUAGCAAACAACGCGUAACAGUUUGCCUCAGCUGUUCGUCGAUGUCUGAAGCCAUGGUUUCCAGGGACAACGAUUAACUUGGUUGCCGCCGCUGUUUUCGGCGGGUAAACAUUGUGAAAAAUUUUCGCCUAUGCCACUAGUCUGUUUGUGGUACGUUAUUAACAUUUUUAACUAAUUUAAUGUGUGAAUUCAAAUAACGCAGCAUGAGUCGACGAUUGGCCAAGUUGCACAAACCGUGCGACAAACUGGACAAGUACGACAAUGAGCCGUACAUGCAGAAUCCGCUGUUGAAUCUGUUUCUCUCGGAGGUUAAGGAACGACGGCAUUACAGCUUCAUUCAGCGUAAAGCGGCAGCGGAAAAAGUCAAACUGUGCCGCCGAAAAACGGAAGAUCUGGACGACGUCAUCCCAAAGCCCGAGUCAUACUAUGCCGAUCAGUUGCGCGAACAUGCAAAGCGUGCCCCGGUACCGAAAAUGCUUGCUAAAACCGAGGAAAAGAUCCUGUCCUACGUCCCGAAGCGGCUGCGACAGCAGUACCCAGCCGCUCUCACCGCGUACAUGGUGGACGUUCACGCCGAUUUCGAUAAGGUAAUGAAGGCCUUCAGCUGCCAGAAAAUUUUCAAGCCCGGCCCUGAUGACUAUGUUCCUCCGAGGGACAAAUUUGAAUUCAAACGCCUCGGGCGUACCAAAAACUACAAGAGCUUCCUCAAAAACCGAGCGAUCAUCCAGAAGAAUCUACUGAUUCCGCAUCCCUUCAUUCGGUGUAUCAUUCACUACUCCUAUACUGAUCUUCCGCCGACGCUGAACGAUUACACCAAGUAUAGGAUGAAAGAGGAGAUAACCCUGAAUGAACUUCGCGACAUGGCCAAGAAGGAACUUCAAGUGGCGAACAAUUUUAUCGCCCAAGAGUGGUACCCGAAAAUUACGCGGAUACUCAAGAAGCACUAUGAACGUCGUACACUUCCGAAAUCCAUGUGGCCGAAGGUGAUCAACUGUGCGUACAACUUGAUAAAUCGCCAACUGACCGAACUAAAGCUGCACACCAUUGACCACCUCAAAAAGGCCGUACUGAAUGUCCAUAAAAUCCCACAAAUGAAAAUCAUUGCGAUAUGUGACGAAGGUUUGGAUUUGUUUCCGAGCCUAAACGAUAUCUUCAGUGUGUACCAAAAUGCAAUCGAGGACAUUGCUGCCGUUGGAUCACGACUGGAGCCGCUGGAGAACAUGAUCGAUGGUCAGAGUUUUGUACCCAAAACCAGUUUCAUGAAGGUAGGAGUUGGUGAAAUUACGCUUAGAGAAGCACACAGCGAACUACAAAUUGCUCUUGAGAAAACCUUCGAGCCGCUGGCUAGCUAUCUGAGGGAUUUGCAGGAGCAAUUUGAACGGUUGAUUAGCCGGGAGACUCGAGAAGAGUUGGACGAGUUCCUCAGUGAGUCGCGGUCGUUUGAGGAGUAUUUGCAGAAAAUUGACGAAUUUCAAGUGUACAACGAGAAGAUAAAAAAUAUGGUGAUGAAGGAGUACUUCUACGUGGCCAUCGUGAAUCAGUCGGAUGCGAUUGGUAGUCUGAGGAAGAUAGUGCGAGAAUACAUCGAGCGAGUUGCAAUGAAUAUUGCGGUGGAACAUAGACGGGAGGGUGAGAGAAUCUGCAAAGAAUUCGAAGAGAUCAAAGACAGGGCGUUGGAGACUCCGACAUCUACCGAGCAGCUGAUGGCCAAUGGCGAAUACAUGACUAGAGCUAAAACGGAAGUGAUCGAGGAGUUGAGAGAGAAAAUACAGGCAACAAUGAGGAUCGGUGCAUAUUUAGUAGAAUUGCUUGAGCUCCCACCGGAUCAUAUGGACGUACAAGUGAAAAGUAUCAAUUGGUACUUCCGUAUACAGGCUGUAUUCGACGUCAAUUCAACAAACUUUGAAGCAUACAAGUUUCAGUUCGAGGAGAAGCUCCAAGAAGUAACCAAACAGCUUAACGAAAAGAUGGAGGAAAUGAUUCCCAACAUUUCGAUUAUCAAUGACAUGACGGAAACAGAGAAAUUCCGCGAUUACGUAAUGCUACUACAGGGCUACAUUGAUCAGAUCUUCGUGUUCGAAGACUACGUCAAGUGGAUCAACAAAGAGGAAGUGCUGUUUAAGUUCCCCAAGUCGCAGUAUCCAGUGCUUGAGGCGAUCAAGACAUUCAUCGUGCCUUUCUACAAAUUGAUCAGACUGUGCAUGCGGUGGCAACGCUUCUACAACGUUUGGAUGGAUGGACCAUUCGAGUACCUUGAGCCUCAUUUUGUGGAAUCAAAGGCAGAAGAGUUUUUGAAAGAGUUUCAAAGAACCCAAAAAUAUUAUCGUAACCGUAUCAAGGCGGAUAUGUUAGAAAAUACACUAUGUAAAUUUAAGGGGCAAACGGAGGAUCCAGAUCCCGAGAAGCAUCCAUGCCCGUUAAAACUUUGUGCCCGAAUGGCACAGUCCAUCAAAGACUUCCACCUGGGCGUAUAUAUUGUGAAUAUUAUGUGCAAUCCUGCACUAAAGGAUCGUCACUGGGACGAGAUGUCAGAGAUCGCAGGAUUCGAUUUGACUCCGGACGCAGGAACCACCCUACGGAAAUUUAUCAACUAUCAACUGGAGAAGGACUUGGACAAAUUUGAAAUCAUCAGCAUUGGAGCGAACAAAGAGCUGCAGUUACAACAGAAUUUAGCGGCAAUGAUAAAGGAAUGGGAAACAAUUGAAUUUAAGUUGAAUCCCUUCAAGGACACCAACAUCAAUAUUCUUUCGGGAUUGGAUGAGAUACAGUCUGUACUCGAUGAUCAUAUCAUCAAGACACUUGCCAUGAGAGGUUCAGCGUUUGUUAAACCGUGCGAAAAAGAGGUUAAAGAGUGGUACAAAACAUUGACCAGGGUGAACAAAACACUCGAGCAAUGGGGAAAGGUACAAAGCACAUGGUUGUACUUGCUGCCAAUAUUCUCUUCGGCGGACAUUGUUGCACAAAUGCCAAACGAAGGAAGAAUGUUCCAGCAGGUGGACAAAACAUAUCGAAUGUACAUGAAGAUAGUCGAGGCAAACCGAUCUGUGAUGAAUGUGGCCUCAGCAAAAGGGGUUCUGGAAGCAUUGGAACAGUCGAACGAACUGCUAGAGGAAAUAACCGAUGGGGUAAAUCAGUAUCUGGAGAAGAAACGUUUGUAUUUCCCCAGAUUUUUCUUCCUGUCAAAUGACGAGAUGCUGGAGAUUCUGUCCGAGACGAAGGACCCGUUAAGAGUGCAACCACAUUUGAGUAAGUGCUUCGAAGGAGUUAAUCGGCUGGAAUUCGAUCAGGACUUCGACAUCCGCUCUAUGUUUAGUAUCGAGAAAGAGCAAGUGCAAUUUGUGGAAAAGGUAUCAACCACUGAAGCUCGUGGCAGCGUUGAAAAAUGGUUGCUCCGAGUGGAGGAAGAAAUGUUGAAGGCUGUAUCGAAUGAGAUAAAUUCCAGCUUUCAAUCAUACAAAGAGAAGCCGCGUGACUCGUGGGUACUUGAUUGGCCCGGAAUGGUUGUACUUUGCGUGUCGCAGAUUUAUUGGGCAGCGAAUAUUCACUCAUGCUUGGGAAAGAAACCUGAUGCCAUCGGACAGUACUAUGAACAGCUUCAAACGGAGUUGAUGGACGUUGUGACGUUAAUCCGGUCGAAGGAGAUCACAAAUUUGGACCGAAUAACGAUCAAAGCCUUGAUCGUUAUCGAUGUUCACGCGAAAGAUGUAGUGGAUGAUCUAAUCAAGCAGAAGAUCCACUCGGAAAAUGAUUUUCAGUGGCUGGCGCAGUUGCGCUACUACUGGAGUGAACAAGAAGUCACAGUGAAGAUUAUUAACGCGUCGGUGAGAUAUGCGUGUGAAUAUCUUGGUAAUUCGGAUCGACUGGUCAUAACGCCGUUAACUGAUCGUUGCUAUCGAACACUAAUGGGAGCCUACCAACUUCACUUGAAUGGAGCUCCUGAAGGACCCGCUGGCACAGGUAAAACUGAAACAACGAAAGAUCUAGCCAAAGCACUUGCUGUUCAGUGUAAGGUAUUCAACUGUUCCGACGGCCUGGAUUACAAAGCCAUGGGAAAAUUUUUCAAAGGAUUAGCGUCAUCGGGAGCGUGGGCUUGUUUUGACGAGUUCAACAGGAUAGAACUGGAAGUUCUGUCGGUGGUCGCUCAGCAAAUUCUCUGCAUAAUUGUAGCAGUCCGAGCGGGUGUUCAGAAGUUCACCUUUGAAGGCACCGAGCUUAAUUUGAAUCCAUCAUGCUACGUGUGUAUUACAAUGAAUCCUGGUUACGCUGGUCGUUCAGAGCUCCCGGAUAAUCUCAAGGUGCUCUUCCGUACGGUAGCUAUGAUGGUGCCAGACUAUGCUAUGAUCGGCGAAAUUUCACUGUAUUCAUUCGGUUUCACUAAUGCUCGAUCACUGGCGGUUAAAAUAGUGACUACCUAUCGACUCUGUUCUGAGCAACUUUCGUCACAAAAUCACUACGAUUACGGCAUGCGUGCGGUCAAAACCGUUUUGCAAGCCUGUGGCAACCUGAAAAAGUCCUUCCCAGAUGGUGACGAAGAAAUCCUACUGCUAAGAUCACUGCUGGAUGUAAAUCUGCCCAAGUUUUUACGAAAAGAUGUUCCUCUUUUCGAAGGAAUCAUUUCAGAUCUAUUCCCUGGGGUGGAUCUUCCCCAAGCCGAUUACAUGAUACUUACGAACGCAUUCAAAGACGUUUGCAAAGAUAUGCAAUUACAGCCUAAGGAUACCUUCCUGACCAAGGUGAUACAAACCUACGAGAUGAUCAUCGUCCGGCAUGGCUUCAUGAUGGUUGGUCAGCCCUAUUCCGGGAAAUCGAUGACGCUUAAAGUUCUCGCCGAGUGUUUGGGCAAGCUGCGGGGUAAAAGUGACAAUCCGUAUUUUCAGAAGGUGCGCUACGAUGUGGUAAACCCAAAAGCAAUCACUAUGGGCCAACUUUACGGUGCCUUUGAUCCGAUUUCUUACGAGUGGACAGACGGAAUCGCUUCAACGAUUUUUAGACACUUCGCGAUCGAUACUACGCCUGAUCGCAAAUGGUUGAUAUUCGACGGACCGGUGGAUGCCGUUUGGAUUGAAAAUAUGAACACUGUGCUGGACGACAACAAAAAGCUGUGUCUAACCUCCGGAGAGGUGAUCACGAUGACGGGGGAGAUGUCUAUGAUUUUCGAAGUGAUGGAUCUGGAGCAAGCCUCGCCGGCUACGGUCUCAAGAUGUGGAAUGAUAUUCAUGGAGCCAUCGGUGAUUGGAUGGGAAGCUUUCGUGAAGUCUUGGAUCCAGAAGUGUAAUAAAUAUUGGACAACAGAUUGGGAGGAUUUCUUGUUGGAAAUUUUCCGCUGGGUUGUACCCGAUUGUUUGACAUUCAUACGCAGGCAGUGUAGACAGUAUCUAUAUCCGGGUGACACCUGUUUGCUGGUGUGUACGAUGAACAUUUUCCAAAUGGUGAUUGAUGAAGCCGUGCAUGACAAUCCGGAUGAUUAUCAGAAGUAUCUGUUUACGUGGUUUCAAGCAGCAUUGAUCUAUUCGGUGGUCUGGGGUUUGGCAGGAAUACUUGACAUGGAGUCCAAGAUGAAGUUUGACGAGUUUUAUCGUGAGAUUUGGAAGGGCACCGACGAGCACCACCCAGUACCAGAGGCACUUGGAAAAAUCGAUGUUUCAAUGCCAGGGGAAGGAAUGAUUUUGGAUUAUGUGUACUAUUUCAAACAGAAGGGGAGUUGGCGCUACUACCCGGAUAUGGUACGACAAAUGAAGAAUGAAGUUGGUAUUACGCUGCUGGUACCCACUCUAGACUCCAUACGAUACAUGCACAUUAUAGAUAUUCACGUGAAGAACAAGAAGCCUCUGCUCUUGGUUGGUCCCACGGGUACAGGCAAAACCUACUACUUCCAAAACUACCUGAUGAGCAAGAUGGAUAAAACCACGUUUUCGCCGACUUUGGUUACAUUUACGUCCCAAAUUACGGCCAACCAAACCCAGGAGCUAAUAGUCUCGAAGCUGAUCAAAAAGCGCCGAGGGCUGUACCGUCCUCCGGACAACAAAAUCAGCGUUCUUUUCAUCGACGACAUGAAUAUGCCGGCUAAGGAGAUCUACGGGGCCCAACCGCCAAUCGAACUGAUUCGACAAUACUUCGACUAUGAACAUUGGUACGAUCUGAAGGAUGCUUCAAAGCUUUAUCUGCAGAGAAUUCUCAUAAUGGCGUCGUGCGGUUUGCCCGGUGGCAGCCGUCAGAACGUCUACGAACGGUUCUUGUGUCACUUUGAUAUUUUUGCCAUUAGCAAUUUCAACGACGAGACGAUGUUCAAAAUUUUCACGAAUGUCUUGCUAGAUGGCUACAAAAAGGGAGGCCACGCCACUGAUGUAACCACGAUGGUUAACAUGAUCGUGAACGCUACCUUGGACGCGUACCAGUUUGCUUGUGCGAAGUUGCUGCCGACUCCAGCGAAGUCGCAUUACAUCUUCAAUUUGAGAGAUGUCUCACGGGUUAUUAGCGGUUGUUCGAUGAUGAAGCGAGAAUCAGUGGAAAGCAAAAAAGUAUUUCCGAAGCUAUGGAUGCAUGAGGCUUUGAGGGUGUUUUAUGAUCGCCUAGUGGACAAGCAAGAUCGAUUGUUUGUGUUCGAGAAACUCAAUCAGAACUUGAAGACGUUUUUCAAGGAGAGACCGGAACAGUUACUGCCCGACUUUUUCGACGAACAAACGGGUGCAGUGAAGUUGGACAGUUUGAACAACCUUAUGUUCGGAAGUUACUUCGAUGUGGAUGCUGAGAUGGAAGAUCGAAAGUAUGAGGAGACGCAACACGUGGAACAGCUACGGGAUUUAGCCAACCGAGAUCUAGCGGAGUACAACAGCACUCACAAAGCCAAAAUGGAUAUUGUUCUAUUUCAGUAUGCGUUGCAGCACCUGAAUAAGAUCUGCCGUAUUAUGUCUAUGUCAGGUGGAAGUUGUAUGCUCGUUGGAAUGGGCGGUUCUGGGAGACAGUCAUUGACAAAAUUGGCGGCACAAAUUUGUGGACAGUCGUUAUUCCAACCAGAGAUUACCAAGUACUACGGAAUAAAUGAAUGGAGGGAAGAUUUGAAGAAAGUUUUGAGGGAAGCUGGUGGCAUGGGCCGCGACACGGUGUUUCUGUUGACGGAGGCGCAGUUGAAGGAGGAGGUUUUUCUGCAGGAUAUUGAUUGCCUGCUCAACAUAGGAGAGGUUCCAAAUAUUUUUCCAAUUGACGAGAAACAGGAGAUUCUGGAAAUGGUCCGUCUAGCCGCUCAAGGCGGAAACAGAAAUUUAGACAUUGGUCCUCUGGAGGUGUUCCAAUUUUUCGUGAACCGUUGCAAGCAAAAAUUGCACAUCGUCAUAUGUUUCAGUCCUAUUGGAUCAACAUUGAGAACGAGAAUCAGACUUUACCCAUCACUGGUCAACUGUUGUACCAUUGAUUGGUUCGACGCAUGGCCUGAAGAUGCACUCGAGAAGGUAGCCGAAAUGUACAUGAAGGAAUUGAAUGUGGAUCAAUCGGUUAAAGAAUCUACAGUAGUCACCUGUAAGCAUUUCCACGUCGUAGCCAGGGAAGUCUCAGCAGAGUUUACGACGGCCACUGGUCGUGUUACUUACAUCACAUCCGCUUCGUAUUUGGAACUUAUCAAAUGUUUCCGAAAUCUCACCAAGAAGCACCAAAAUGAAAUUAUGGAAAACAAAAUGCGUUACCUUGGCGGUCUUGAAAAACUGGAUGCGGCUGCCGAAGCUGUGUCCAUAAUGCAGAAGGAGUUGAAUGCUCUUCAGCCGACACUGAUCAUCAUGGCCGAACAGUCUCGUCAGAUGACGGAAGAGAUCGAGAAAGAAUCCAUUGAAGCGGCUGCCGCUACGGAACAGGUGAAGAAGGACGAAAUAGUGGCAAAUGUACAGGCGGCCGAGGCACAAAUUCUGAAGGCCGACUGCGAAAAAGAUCUAGCUGGAGCCAUACCCAUUCUCGAGGAAGCCAUUCAAGCGUUGAACACAUUAAAGCCGAAUGACAUUACGCUGGUGAAGUCAAUGAAGAAUCCUCCCGAGGUAAUCAAACUUGUUAUGGCAGCGGUUUGUGUGAUGAAGGGAAUCGCUCCGGAUAAGGUGACGGAUCAGGCAACUGGAAAGAAGAUGCUUGACUUCUGGGGACCAAGCAAGCGCCUUCUAGGUGACAUGUCAUUUUUACAAACUUUAAAAGACUUCGAUAAGGACAGUAUAAAUCCGGACAUCAUGAAAAAGAUCAGGAAAGAUUAUAUUCCUCACAAGGACUUCCAGCCGCACAUUGUGGCGAAGGCGUCCAGCGCUGCUGAGGGUUUGUGCAAGUGGAUAAUUGCUAUGGAUUUGUAUGAUGCUGUGGCGAAGAUUGUCGCCCCGAAGAAAGAAAAACUUAGGCAAGCGGAGAAGGAAUAUGCGGAAACGAUGGCUCUGCUUACGGAGAAACGGCAACUGGCGGCAAAUCUCGAGCGUAAAGUAGCCGAAUUGAAUGACAAUUUGGAUGAAGCUAAUCGCAAGAAACAAGAGGUUGAAGACGAAGUUCAAUUGUGCAAAGAUAAACUUCAACGCGCGGAAACUCUUAUUGGCGGUCUCGGGGGAGAAAAGAAUCGAUGGACAGUCUCUGCUGAACAGCUUCAACUAUUGUAUGAUAAUAUCGCAGGGGAUAUUUUGAUAUCGAGCGGUGUCAUUGCAUAUCUUGCCCCGCUAACGGCAAGUUAUCGGAAUCGAUGUAUCGCAAAUUGGCACGAGUUCGUAGUCAAGAUGAAAAUACCGUGUUCGGAAACUUACAGUUUGGUGAAUAUACUUGGAUCAAAAAUAAAGAUUCAAAACUGGAACAUUGCUGGCCUACCGACCGAUGCAUUCUCAGUUGAGAAUGGCAUCAUUAUGGAUAGUUCCAGUCGUUACAGUUUAUUCAUAGACCCACAAUUCCAAGCGAAUAAAUGGAUCAGAAAUAUGGAAAGGAACAACCAUCUACAGAUCCUAAAAUUUUCCCAAUCGGAUUAUAUGAAACGUCUAGAAUCGUGCAUAGAACAUGGCUACCCGGUAUUGAUUGAAAAUAUUUUCGAAGAUCUGGAGGCUCCGCUAGAUCCGCUUCUCAACAGAAAUACUUUCGUUCAGGGAGGCGUUGAAUAUCUCAGCGCGGGAGACAAUGUUAUUGCUAUGUCACCGAAGUUUCGACUAUAUUUAACCUCCGGAUUGAGAAACCCACAUUAUUUACCGGAGGUGUUCAACAAAGUAACGGUUAUCAACUUUGCCCUUACCAUUCAGGGAUUGGAAGAUCAGCUGCUCGGAAUAGUGGUUGCUAAAGAGCGCCCGAAUUUACAGGAGCUACGUCAGAGCCUGAUUCUGCAGGGAGCGAAAAACAUCACAAUGUUGAAGGAAGUCGAAGAUAAAAUACUGAAGACUCUGUCGGAGAGUAAGGGAGACAUUCUGGAGGAUGAGAGUGCUAUAAAAAUUUUGGAUGAUUCUAAAACUAUUUCGAUCGACAUUGUUAGGAAACAAGAGGACUCCAAAGAAAUUGAGGCAAAAAUUGAAGCGUUUCGGCAGAACUAUCGACCGGUUGCGGCCCACUCUUCUACGCUGUAUUACUGCAUAACGGAGCUGCCGAGUAUCGACCCGAUGUAUCAGUUUUCGUUGGCUUGGUUCAUAAAUUUGUAUGUCUACUCCAUCGAGAAUGCGAACAGAACCAAAGACUUACUCAGGAGAUUGAAGUAUUUGAUGGACGCCGUCACGCUUAAUUUAUACAACAACGUUUGUAGAUCUCUAUUUGAGAGAGAUAAACUGUUGUUCUCUUUUAUUUUGACUACAAAAAUUAUGAUCGCGUGUAAUCAAGUGGACGUCAGAGAGUUUGAAUUUCUGCUAUCUGGAGGGGAAAAAAGUACCACAGACCGUCUCAAUCCGGAUAUGACAUGGAUUACGGAGAAACUCUGGGAAGAUAUCUGUCGCCUGGAACAGCUUCCGGAGUUUUUUGGAUUUAUCAAUGAUUUUUCCCACAACCUAGCAGCAUGGAAGCGUUACUACGAUGUUGAAGACACACACUUGGAGAAACUGCCUACCCCUUGGCAGGAGAAAACGAAUCGUUUUGAGAAACUCAUCGUAUUGCGAACAUUUCGACCCGAUAAAGUCGUUCUAGGAAUCACUGAGUUUGUCGCAUCAGAGAUGGGUCCAGCAUAUGUGCUUCCACCCCCCUUCGAUAUUGCAAAAUCAUACGAGGAUUCUAAUUGUUUAACUCCGCUUAUUUUCAUCCUCUCCCCGGGAUCGGAUCCCAUGAACGCCCUACUUUUAUUCGCCGAAAAAAUGGGAUUUGAUGAGACCUUCCAAUCAAUCUCACUAGGUCAAGGUCAGGGUCCGAUAGCUCAAAAAAUCAUAGAAAGGGCACAAGAAGAGGGUACGUGGGUUUGCCUACAGAACUGCCAUUUAGCAGCAUCAUGGAUGCCCGCGCUGGAGUUUCUCUGGGAGAAUAUGGACCUUUACAACACUACCUCAUCGUUUCGUUUAUGGUUAACAAGUUAUCCGUCGGAAAAAUUCCCAACAAGCAUUCUACAGAACGGAAUAAAGAUGACGAACGAGCCUCCCACAGGGUUACAGCAAAAUCUUCUUCGCUCGUACAACUCGGAACCGAUGAAUGACGAUAACUUCUACACCGGAUGCCCUGGGAAGGAUCGUGCUUUUUCGAAGCUACUCUACGGAAUAUGCUUUUUCCACGCAGUAGUUCAGGAACGAAAAAAAUUUGGACCCCUCGGGUGGAACAUUUCGUACGGUUUUAACGAAUCUGAUUUUCAAAUAUCCGUACUUCAGUUGCAGAUCUUCCUCAACCAGUACGAUGAUGUACCAUACGAAGCCAUUUCAUACCUGACCGGAGAGUGUAACUACGGGGGUCGUGUGACGGAUGCAUGGGAUCGACGAGCUAUCAUAACGAUUCUGGCGGACUACGUUAACGAUCGAGUGGUCAACGAUCCGAACUACCAUUUCUCCAACCAGGGUGAAAGCUAUGGUAUCCCGUUGAGAAACGAGCAUCGAGAGUAUGUAGCGCAUAUUAAGAAUAAUGUACCCAAUUACCCUAGCCCAACAGUGUACGGGCUGCAUCCCAAUGCCGGUAUCACGAGGGAUGUAAAUGCAUCAAAGGUGUUACUCGAGUCGAUGCUGAUGACUCUCGGUGGAACGUCGGAGAAAAGUGAUGCUGACAAGGAGAAAACUAUCCUGGCUGUUGUCGUUGAGAUUUACGACAGACUUCCGGAUGAUUUCGACAUUGAACUUUCGAAGAAAAAAUAUCCAGUGGAUUAUAGCGAAUCUAUGAAUACGGUCUUGGUGCAGGAGAUGGAACGAUUCAACACACUUCUGCAGGAAAUUAGAUCCAGUUGCGUGAAUUUGAAGAAAGGAAUUGCGGGACUGAUUGUGUUCACCCCGGAACUGGAAGCAGUGUUCAAUGCAAUCAACUUCAAGAAAAUUCCGGACAGCUGGAUGAGAAAGUCGUACCCAAGUUUGAAACCGAUCGGUGCGUACAUAAACGACUUUUUGGAGCGGCUUGCAUUUUUGGAUUCGUGGUACCGGGUGGGCAAGCCAAAUGCGUUCUGGAUCGCUGGAUUCUAUUUUACACAAGCGUUCCUUACGGCUGCGAUGCAAAACUAUGCCCGAAAAUAUCGGAUACCAAUCGACAUACUGACGUUUGAUUUUAACGUGUUGCGCUCCUCAGACGCGAAUUCGCCACCGGAGAACGGAGUCUACAUUCAUGGGUUGUUUCUGGAAGGUGCCAAAUGGAAUUUGAGAGGAUGUUAUCUUGAAGAGCAGCUCUCCAAAAUGCUCAUCGAUGUAAUGCCAAUUAUCCAUCUCAUUCCCAUUAAAAUAGCGGAACUUGAAGAAGGGACCCGUUAUAAGUGCCCGGUAUACAAAACGGCCGAGCGGAAGGGCAUUCUCUCAACCACAGGCCAUUCAACCAACUAUGUACUCCCUAUUUUGCUCGGAACCCGCCUGAACAGCACCCAUUGGGUCAAGCGCAGCGUAGCUUUGCUAUGCCAAACCUCGGACUAAAUUGCUUUGAGUUUACUGUUGUUAUAUCUUUACACAUUUUACACUGAGCAGUAGUGAAACCCGAAAACGUUCAUAUUGUAUUGGGUGAUUUGAUAAAGCACUUUUCUAUAAUAAUCAAAAAUGUGUAAUAAUUUUGAAUGCCACAUUGCCUUGGCGCCAGUUUCACACAACACUACUGUUCUAAUUACACAGUUUCAAAAUUUGCAUAUAUAAUUUAUACCAUUUAAAAGCCCACCUCUGAGCCAAUAGUUGUGCAGCUUAUCACCUGUAUUAGGCAAAGUUAUGCAUGAAAACAUCAUUCCAGCUUUCGGCGCCUCAUCUUCUGGAGUACCAUCCCCA